UUUAAAGCAUUUUUCAUUUCUUUCUCAUUCCAGAUUUUAGGUUAUUUUAUUUUUCAUAUUUUGUAUUUGAAAAUUUUUAACGGAAGUCGCUUUCUACUAAUCAGCGAUAAUGUCGUCGGAAGGAGAAGGGGUAAAAGUAGCUGUGCGAGUGCGGCCAUUUAAUCAGAGAGAAAGGGAUCGAGGAUCAGUAUGUAUUAUUGAAAUGGACGGAACACAAACAAAAAUUACAAAUCCGGAUCCACAACCGGGUGAAGAUCCAAAAACGUUUGCAUUCGAUUACUCUUACUGGUCUCAUGAUGGAUUUCAUGAUGAUGAUGGCGUAUUGGUUGCCGAUAACGACAAAUAUGCAACACAAAGAAGAGUAUUUGAAGACUUGGGACAAGGUGUACUUGACAAUGCUUUUGAAGGAUACAACUGUUCUCUUUUUGCUUAUGGUCAAACUGGAUCCGGGAAGUCAUAUUCUAUGGUCGGUUAUGGAAAGAAUAGGGGAAUUGUGCCUAUUUCCUGUGAUGAAUUGUUUCAAGCAAUUGAAAGGGCAUCGGGAGAUGUCAAAUACGAAAUUACGUUUUCUAUGUUGGAAAUUUACAAUGAACAAGUUCGAGAUCUGCUUACAAAGGACAAUCCAAAAGGAGGACUGGCGGUUCGACAAAACCCAAAACUUGGUCUCUUUUAUGUUGAAAAUCAGAAAAAAGUCGCCGUUGGUAGUUACAAAGAAAUUGAAAGAAGAAUGGAUGAAGGAACGGCAAAUAGAACUGUUGCAUCAACGCAGAUGAAUGCUACAAGUUCUCGGGCCCAUACUGUCGUCACGAUCACAUUCGACCAAAUCAUGAAAAAAGAUGGAAACGAAACGAAAAAGAGUUCCAGCAUUAAUCUCGUCGAUUUAGCCGGAUCUGAAAGAGCUGACAGCACAGGAGCAACGGGUGAUCGUUUGAAGGAAGGAGCUAAUAUCAAUAAAUCUCUUUCAGCUCUUGGAAAUGUCAUUUCGGCUCUUGCUGAUUUGUCAAUGGGCAAGAAAAAGGUCCUUGUACCAUAUCGUGGUUCCAUAUUAACUAAACUUUUGAUGAAUGCUCUUGGUGGAAAUUCGAAAACAAUUAUGAUUGCUGCGUUAUCUCCUGCUGAUAUUAAUUAUGAUGAAACUUUGAGUACACUGAGGUAUGCUGACAGAGCAAAGAAAAUUAAGAACAAAGCUGUCGUGAAUGAAAAUCCUAUGGACAAACUCAUCCGUGAAUUGAGGGAAGAAAAUGAACGACUUAAGGCUUCGCUAACUGGAGGGGUCGUUCUUACUCAAGAAAAAGGAAUGAGUCAAGAAGAUGUUGACAAAAUGCGUAAACAGAUGGAAGACGAAAUUCGUGCACAGCUGCUUGCUAACCAAAAUGAUUUAGCUGGAAUGGAUUGGGACGAGAAAUUGAAAGAGGCCAGACAAGAAGAAAAGACUUCAAUGAAGGAAACGAAGCUGAAAGAAAAGCAAAAGAAUGUUCCACAUUUGGUUAACCUCAACGAGGAUCCAAUGUUAUCCGGAGUUAUUGUGCAUGGAUUAUCAAAGGACAAAGUUACAUUGAUUGGAAGAAAAGAUGCCGAUCCGAAGCCUAACAUUAUUCUGACAGGAUUAAGCAUACAAAAAGAGCAUGCUAGUUUGAGUUUGAGCGAUGGAGAGGUCGUCAUAAAACCCGGAAGUCAAGGCGCAAAAACGAAGGUCAACGGGACGCCAUUGACCGGAGAAAGAAAACUUGAGCACAAUGAUAGAAUAUUGUUCGGUUCAAAUCAUUUGUAUAUCUUCCAAAACCCACUCAAACCGACUUCUCCUGAAGGAACACCCGAAACUAUAGAUUGGGAUUUUGCACAAAAGGAAUUGGCAGAAAAUAGUGGGUUUUCAACUUUGCAGAGUGGCUUGACUAAAGAUCAACAAAAGGCUCAGGAACAGGUGCUUGAACUUCUUCCAAUGAUUGGUGAAGUGAAUGCGGUAUCUGAGGAAUUGAACAAAUAUAGACAUUUUGAACUUAUUCUGAUAUCUGGUGCGACACAGGACGAUAAAGAUAAAGGAACACGAGUUAUGGUUCGUGUAACCAAUCUUCUCAAUAAAAAUGUUUGGAUGUGGGAAAGAGGACAAUUCAUCAACAGACGAUAUAUGAUUCAAGAAUUGUAUCAACAAUUUGUCGAUGGAGAUGAUUCGUACUUGACUAUUGAAAAGGAGAAGGAUCCGUUCUACGAUCCACCGCAAGAUUAUUUGAUUGGUUCGUCGAAUGCAUUCCUCCAAUCUCUAUCAUAUGCUCUUGAUUUUGAUGACAAACUUACAAUAACUGACCACAAGGGUCAAGAAGAAGGAGGCUUAUACGUUGUUGUAUCACCAUGCAAUGCUAAAGGGAAACCUUUGCCAGAAGAGGAAAAUUUUGUAGAGGAUCCUUCAGAACUGAUUGGGCAGGCUUAUCAUGUAAAGGUCACGGUAAAAUCAGCAGAUAUUGACAAUUCAAGAUUUACCAAUGGACUCUACGUACAGUACAAGUUCCUUAACGAAUCUGAACUGACAACGACACCAGUUAUCAAGGGAACACUGCGACCAGAUUUCAAUCACCAACGAAUCAUCUCUAUCCCGUCCAUGUCACAAGAACACUUAGACUUCUUCGACAACAGCAGUAUUUCAUUUAAAGUUUAUGGCGUGCAAAUAGAUUCGGCUCCAGAUGCAAGCGUAAAGAAACUUACCACAAAGGAACUGAAAGAGAUGGACACCCAAAUUCUUGUAGCAAAGAAACCGUUAGCAAGAAGAUCAACAGCAAUGUCUAUUCAUGACACACAGCAGAGAGCUGAGCUUCACACAUUGCAAGGAAAAUAUAAUCGUUUGGAAAGGAAAGAACGGCGAAUUCAGGAAAUAUGCAAAGAAUGGUCAGCCAAACCCAAAAAGGAACAAGAUUUCGACGGCUUAAUGCGUGCCGUUAACGCGGUCGCUUUCAGCAGUGGAAAUAAACUGAGGAAUAAGGUUAGACUUGUGACGCAGGUUCUUCAAGCUCAAAAAUAUGUUCAAGAAAAACAAAGACCAUCAAUCGACGGGGACUCGUACAGUAUAUACAGUUUUGAAAUGCCGCCUGACUCCAGGAUAAUUGCCGAACCGACAGAAGGACCUAUCAAAGAAGAAGAUGAACAUGACACGCCAAAAUCGAGCGCUAAUGGCAAAAAGAUGAAAACAACAGCAACUACAAACGGUACAAGUAAACCGAAGUCGGCACCGAGCGGACAGAAACAAGCCGACGCAGGAGCUGACAAUGGAAAGAGCUCUAAAGUUUGUGUUCUAAUGUGAAAGCUUCCAAUGAACUCGCAUUGCCGCAGUAAUGUCUAAAAUAUACACUUCAAUUUAGCCCGAUCAAAAUUGCACCAUAUAUAACAUACACCUUUCUGGGCGUAAUAUAUCUUUGUUCAUUAUUGAUCGAGUAAAAUUGGAGUAUUUUUGUCUGAAGAAUUUAUUUUUGUAUCACCCAUAUGCACUUGUUGUACAGAAACUACUGGCUAUGCCAGUAUCCUCUAUUAAUAUUAUAAGAUCACAGUCAUUAACUUGAGUAUGAAUAUGAACAUUUGAUGCAGUGCACCACAGAGGCACGUAUGUCUAUAAGUUACAACCUGGAAGAUAGUUAUGACUGGAAUAUGAAUAAAUACUAUUUUCAUAAAUAAUUUUAUUAUCUUUUAUUUUUGCACCAAUUCCACUGUUUUAAAUCAUCGCUGCAGAUAUGCUCCAUUUUAUUUUAAUAUUACACGUAUGUACUUAUUUUAGUGGAUAGUUUUUUCCAUCACGUUUAGUUCUAGAAAUAAAAUUGCACUUAAACCAGGA